CGUCCGCGUGCGUGGUUCAGUCAGCAACUGUGAAAGAUGCUUUCAGGAACAUCACAGUCAUCUUUACGCGCAGAUGCAGUAGAGUUCACGCCGUCAAGUGCGAGCUUCCAUCCCCAACCACUUCCUUACUAUGUCCAUGGUUUGACCGGCGCGCAGCAGGAGGCGCACCCUGCUUGCUAUGCACCAGCUGCCGAACAUGCAUACCUACUUUCCAAUAACGUUCAUUAUAGAAACAUGUUGCCAAGUUGGGAAUGGUCAUCGUACGGUUUACCUCAGCCACCCACCAUGCCACAGCCUCCUAUGGACCUGCCGGUACCGAUGGAAGUUGAUCUAAGCGACGCCGGAGCUUUCCCAAGACCUCAUAGACCAAAUAUUGGACAGAGAGGCAGACCAGUAAGGCUUCUUACAAACUUUUACAGAAUGUCGUCUCCUGAUAUAAAAAUCUAUCAUUAUGAUGUCGAAAUCCACCCAGAAAAUAUUGUUGCAGUCAAUCGCAAAGUUUUAGAAGCAUGGCGACGAAUGCCUCGAGAUCCUACGCAAAGUCAUGUUGCUGCAGCCGCUGUCUAUGAUGGGCGGAGAAACCUAUUUAUGCCGACAGAGUAUCCACUGGCCAACGAAACAACAUUCCGGGGAAAGACUCGACGUGAGGAGGUAUUUUAUGUCGAGCUUUCUGAAAGUGUGGUUGCUGAGGCUGUUGGAGCCCACCCAGUGAAACGUGGACCUCAGCGCUACAAACUUCGACUACGAAAGGUAGCAGAGAUAGACAUGGAGCGCCUUCACAAGUUUCUGGACGGCCGUUCUCUAGAGUUGCCGCGAGAGACCAUAAUGGUUCUGGAAGUCAUGCUGCGACAUCGUCCAGCACUGCUUUUGCAAUCAGGUGGAACAGGAGGUGGUUUCUACACCAGCGACGGUGCAAUGCGCAUUCGGGGAGGACUGGCCAUACACCCUGGAUGGUAUCAGAGCCUCAGGCCGACCUUUGGUCAAUUGUUGUUAAAUUUGGAUAUCUCCUCGACGGCCUUUUACCAGAACGGAGCACUUCUGGAUAUCGUAGCCCGCUUCUUUCAAAGAGAAACCAUUCAGGAAGUCAGUAUAGAGACGUCGCGCGAUCUUCAACGACUUACCCGCUUUCUGCAAGAUGUCUCUAUAGAAAUUACGUACCGCACGACCGGUCGUCGCCGCUACAAAGUGAAAGGCCUCACUCCCACAUCAGCAGUCGAAACUCACCUCACAAUUGGCAAAAGUUCAUCAAUGCAAUAUAUCAGCGUCGCCGAAUAUUUCAAGCAAAAAUAUGACAUUGAAUUGGCCCAUCCAAAUUUACCCUGCGUUACCUCGGGGACGAAGAAUGACAUUGUAAUUCCAAUGGAGUUGUGUGUCGUGCGGCCGAAUCAGCGACAUACUGGGAGACUCAACGAUAGACAGGCUUCAGAGAUGGUGAAGAUUACGGCGUUAUUGCCCAAAAACAGACUAGGGAGGAUUGAGCAAGGCAAACAAGUAAUGCACAGCGAUGCAGCGCUCUUCGCAGCCUGGGGGGUACAGCUCGAGCCGCAAAUGGUUGAGAUAGAAGGUCGAAUUCUACCGCCCCCACAACUCUCAUUUCAACCACUUCCUCAGCCGCUUCUUCCCGGCCAGCCAAAUCUCGCUUCACAAACAUCAAAUCUGAUUGGGAUUCCGGAGUUUGGGGCAUGGAAGAUGGAGCGUACUCGGAAAUUUGCAGCUGGUGCUUCACUCAGAUUCUGGUCCGUUGCGGUGUUUGGGGAUGAAAAAGACGUUCCUAUUGAAACUGUUCAGGCAUUUGUUCUGAUGCUCAUUCACGCUAUGGAGGAUAAAGGAAUGGAAGUGUAUAACCACAGACCAGAGAUUGUGUAUGGGCCCGCAAGGAGUGAGGUUGCGGCCACAUUGACGCUGGCGGAAGAGAAAGCACGGGAGAACCCUGAAGCUGGCGCCAGAGUCUUGGGUGGGUUAUCUGGCCACGCAGAGGUGCAGCUGGUAUUGUGCAUCAUUUCUCAGAAGCAUACUGUCUACAAUGACAUCAAGCGUGUUGCUGAAACCCAAAUGGGUCUCAUGACACAGUGUUGCAUGUCUCGUCAAGUGCUAAAGCUUGAAGCAGCAUAUGUUGGCAAUCUAAUCCUAAAACUUAAUACCAAGCUGGGCGGUAUUAACGUCUUUGUGGAUCCUGUUAAACAAUUGAGAUGUUUGGGUGAGCGGACGAGUACCAUGAUCUUUGGUGCGGACGUGACACAUCCACCACCUGGGACCAUCGAAGGACGGAGUAUUGCAGCCGUGGUGGGCAGUGUAGACAGCAGGUUUUGUGAGUACCGGGCAUCGAUUCGCAUCCAAAAUGCCCGGCAAGAAAUUAUUACCGAUUUGGCGUCGAUGGCAUCCGAGCUCCUCGACCUGUUUUACCAACGUGCUAAAAUCUAUCCCAAGCGGAUCAUAUUUUAUCGUGAUGGUGUUUCGGAUGGUCAAUUUACUGAAGUUGCUUUGCAAGAGAUUGCAAACUUGAGGAAGGCGCUUGUGGACAAGGGUGUUCAAGACGCGCGAAUUACAUUCCUGGUGGUGAACAAGCGACAUCAUGUUAGAGUUUUCCCAGUGGAAGACGGACUGGAGAGAGGAAGAGUGAUGGAUCGCAAGGGAAACGCUAUGCCUGGGACGGUGGUUGAUACUGGUAUUGUCCAUCCAUACGAGUUUGAUUUCUACCUUACCUCCCACGCCGGACUGCAAGGAACAUCUAAACCAGCACAUUAUCAUGUCUUGUACGAUGAGAACAGAUUUACGGCUGACGAUCUUCAGGAAUUGACGUAUCGGCUGUGUUAUUUGUAUGCCAGGAGCACGCGUUCAGUAAGUAUCGUUCCUCCCGCGUACUAUGCCCAUCUCGUCGCUGCGCGGGCACGAUGCCAUGCAGCAUCCAUGCAGUCGACUUCAGCAACGGGUAUAACAGUGAAGGAAGGAGAUUUCAAUUCAAUGGCAGAACAAAAUGAGACCCCCAAAAAACGGGUGGGCGUUUUGGAGAUUGGAAAAGUGGCAGUGGAGUUGCAGAGGAAAAUGUAUUUUACUUGAUGAUGGGCUAGAAAGUAGAUAGCAUUUGUGUAACUGUCGUUGUUUAUAGUUUUUUUUUGUUCAUAGCUUGGAUUCUAGACUGAAUAUACUUUCCUUCUUAUAGGCUA